AGAGUCCGGUGGAAUCUUUACGGGAGGCUUGUUGAUCCCAGCGUGGCAGUUGCCAGUUAUAAUCCCAGUCAUGAAGCUCAAACAAGGGAAUAAGUUUAAGACACCAUCCAAAUUUAAGCGAAAGGGCAUCAAAGUAACCGGAAAAUGGAAACCCAUCGAGAUUGACCCAAAUCUCUUUGCUGAUGAGCAGCUUGGUGGCUUAGUAUGUUUCGAGGAACUUACAGAUUAUAAUUUGGUGUCUUCCUCGAAAGCUGGAGAAGGAAAAGUCAAGAAGAGAAAACCCAUUAGGCAUGAAGAAGAGGACGAGCCUGGAACCAUUCCCAAAAAAAAGAGGAAGAAGGAGAAAAAUCUGGAAUGUGAAGCAAGGAGCGAAGAUGAACUUCAAGUGGAGGAAGUGGAAAUGGAUCACAAGGCCAAGAGCGAAGAGACCCUUGUUAGCCAGGAGCAAGAUGAGAGUGAGGCAGGGGAUGCUACCGGCCUAGCAAGAAAACCAGUGAAGAAAAGGCGGAAGAGAGAACGGAAGAAGAAAACGUGUUCUUCUCAAGAUGGCCUUAAACAGGAUAGAUCUUCUAAAAAGGCUAAAAACUGGACGGCACAAGUCUUGUCUGCUUCUUUGGAUCGGGAAGUAAACGUUUCUGCAUGGAAAGGCCUCUUUGUUCCUAAGCCUGUUCUUCAGGCACUGAGCGAAUUGGGGUUCAGCGCGCCGACACCCAUUCAGGCUCUGACUCUGCCUUCUGCAAUUCGAGAUGGCAUGGAUGUCCUUGGGGCUGCAGAAACAGGAAGUGGAAAGACUCUGGCUUUUGCCAUCCCAAUGAUCCAUUCCAUUCUGCAGUGGUACAAAUCAAAAGGUUUGGCAAGCGGAAGUGACAGCCCGCUCGAAGGAGGAGCAGAGAGCGAGGACGGCACGCCGAGGCAGGCAGCGAGCGAAGAAACAGGGGGCUUGAACUCUGAUGGGGAUGAAGCCAGUGAUGCUGUGGACCACGACGAAGCUCUGGAAACAGGCUGUGCGAAGGUGCUGGAGGAUGCGGAGUUCGAUUUGGGUCCUGCAAAACACGAUGCAGAUGCACAUAAAAGCAAUCCUCUCCUGGGUCUGGUCUUAACUCCUACAAGGGAAUUGGCCGUUCAAGUAAAGCAUCAUAUUGACGCAGUGACCAGGUUCACAGGCAUUAAAACAGCCGUUCUGGUGGGCGGAAUGGCUCCCCAGAAACAGCAGCGGAUCUUGAAAAGGAAGCCGGAGAUAGUGAUUGCGACCCCAGGGCGUCUGUGGGAGCUCAUUCAGGAGAAGCAUCCGCAUCUCUCAACACUGCGCCAACUCAGGUGCCUGGUGAUCGACGAAGCAGACCGGAUGGUGGAGAGGGGGCAUUUCUUAGAGCUCUCUCAGUUGCUGGAAAUGUUGAGCGAUUCUCAGUAUAACCCGAAACGUCAGACGUUUGUCUUCUCUGCCACCCUGACUUUGAUCCAUCAGGCUCCCCUUAGAGUCCUCCGGAAGAAAAACGCCACCAGAAUAGACAAAAAGACGAAGCUGGAGAUGCUGAUGCAGAAAGUGGGUAUCAAGGCCAAGCCCAAAGUGAUAGACUUGACGAGAAGAGAGGCCACUGUGGAGACUCUCACGGAGACCAGAAUCCACUGCGACACGGAAGAGAAGGACUAUUUCCUCUAUUACUUUCUGCUUCAGUACCCAGGCAGGACCAUGGUUUUUGCAAACAGCAUCGAUUGCAUCAAACGGCUCACUGCCCUCCUCACUAUAUUGGAUUGCAACCCUCUGCCUCUUCAUGCAAACAUGCACCAGAAACAAAGGUUAAAAAACCUGGAGAGGUUUGCCGAACGCAACAGCUGCGCCCUCUUGACAACAGAUGUUGCCGCUCGGGGACUCGACAUUCCUCAUGUGCAGCAUGUCAUACAUUACCAGGUUCCGCGUACCUCUGAGAUUUACGUGCACAGAAGUGGCAGGACCGCCAGAGCUGCCAAUGAGGGCUUGAGCUUGCUGCUGAUUGGCCCAAGCGACAUGGUGAAUUUUAAAAGGAUUUAUAAGACGUUGGAGAAGAAUGAAGAGCUUCCUUUUUUCCCUGUGGAAACAAAAUGCAUGGCAGCCAUCAAGGAGCGCGUGAAUUUGGCGAGGCAGAUUGAGAAGGUGGAAUAUUUCAACAGCCGAGCGAAGCACCAUAACUCUUGGCUCCAGCAAGCCGCAGAAGCGCUUGAGCUUGAUCUGGAUGAUGACGAUCUAAUAGGAGGCCGGCCCAGCGAGCAAGAAGAGAGUGAGAAACAGAAGAUGCUGAAGGAGAUGAAGAAGCAUCUGAAGCGCUUUCUCUCUCAGCCAGUAUUUAAAAACCUCAUGAAGACCAAAUACCCAACCCAGUCCGGAAAACUGCUCGUGUCUGAUCAUAUGGGAGAAUGUUCCCAGUCUGCGUUAGGUGCCAUGUCAAAAGCCCAAGUGAAGAAGAUGAAGAAGAAACAGCAAAAUGUAGAGAAGUGGAGUAACUGAGAGGACAUGUGGGGUUGCAAUAGAGACAGAACCUCCAUUUCUCUCCCUCCGAGCUUUCAGGUCCUCAGAUCCCCUCUUGUGCACAUAGGAGUUCUGGAAUCCUCUGUUGUUGUUGCUCCCGUGCCCAGUCUGGGUGCGCGUGAAGACCUCUGCCCACCUGGUUCUUCCUGGCACAAAUGUUACAAGUGUUGCCUAGCUUCUUGUGUGUUCUACAUGUCUUCUACAUGUCAUCAGGAAGAAUCAGGUGGCUAGUAGCUUUUCAGUGCAAUUUGUUUGAUGAAGCAGUAACUUCAGAGACAGGAGCAGCCUGGUAUCUUCCAGUGCCAUUGUAUGGGAUUUCCCCUUAGGGGCAACCAUCGUUGUUGUUGUUUUGUUGUUGUUUCCCAUACAUUGUCCCUGAAAGGGGCCGCAUAUCACAUCCCUUUGCUCCCAGGAGCAUUUGUACCCCCAUUUUUAACACGCGGCAGCCGCACGUUUUGGCCACUUGGAGUGAUUAUUUGACUCUUGGGUUUGUUUAAAGAAAAAGACAUGUAAAAGAUAAGGGCACCCCUCAGAAAUGUUAACUAGUUAAAGAAAACAUAGCAGACGUUUGGGACAUGUGAAAUCCAGAGAAUAACUGUGUUCUGAUCCACACAUUGGUCGUAGUGGUGUGGAUCACGUCAGUUUGCUUCAAGAUCUGGAGCAAACAAAUUCACUGGCCAUUCCUAAGCUCAGGUGUGCACAAAGGUGUACGUCUCAGUUCUUCAGCUAUUGGGUGGUACAGAAAUGUAAUAGAUAAAUAUUACUCAUUGAACUUAAGGGGACUUGCAUUUAAAUUUCUUAUAUAAUAGGGUGGCCAUAUGAAAAGGAGGACAGUGCUCCUGUAUCUUUUAAUAUUUUUGUAUAAAAGGGAAUUUCAGCAGGUAUGCAUGCAGCACCUGGUGAAACUCCCUCUUCAUCACCACAGUUAAAGCUGCAGGAGCCCUCCCCUCUUGACUAGGUACAAAAGAGGGCAGGGCUCCUGCAACUGUUGUGCUGAAGAGGGAAUCUCACCAGGUGCUGCAUGCAUACAAAUGACACCUGUUGAAAUUCCCUUUUCUGUGCAACUGUUAAAGCCCUGUCCUCCUUUCCAUAUGGUCACCUUAUUACAUAAAACUUGUUUGCGAUUCUUGAAUUUUAUGUUAGCAUUUGUUUAUAUUUACACGUUUAUAGGCUUAGAAUGCUGCAGCAAUAGGGUUGUUCUCUUUUGGAGAGGGGGGAAAGAUGAGAUGAGUUUACCCUAAGCAAAAUAGAGAAUGUACUUCCUCUUUUGAUUUGUGCAGUGGAAGUCUUUAUUA